AUGGAUAAUAACCUAAAAGACCAAGCUGACAACAAUAAUCAGCCAGUAGCUUCAACAAACGACUUGGAUCAAAAGACAGAAGACAAGGACAUCAGAUCAACUGUCAAUAACGCACAACAAAAAGAGGCUAAAACAAGUCAUCAGACAGGAAACAUUUUACAAGCGACACUCCAAAAAGUGUUUCAUAUAGAACCAUCAGCUGAUAAACCAAAAACUUCCAAAAGUUCGAAAAAUUCGUCUGGUCCUGGUUCUGAAGAUGAAGAUGAACGAACUGAAAAAAAUCAAAAGUUUCGAUCCAUAAUCCCAAAUGGUUCAAAACUACGUUUUCAGAAACUCAGUACUGGAUCGCAUGUUCACAAUCUGCAACCCAAAAAAGUUUAUCGUAUUAAUAAUCUCCUGAAAGAACUUGGUAUCCAUGGACAUGCUCCAAUGGAUGAGAAAUCUCAAAAUGAGGAAAAUGUUACGAAAAAGAAAUCAACGAAAUCUAAUUGUUCUGAUGUUUCUUUGUCAGCAAAAUAUGGAAAACCCCAGGAGGUCGUUGGUAAAGGUGCGUUUGGUAUUGUCCGUGUUGCCCACAAAACCGAACCGAAAGUACCGGGAGAAAAACUUUUUGCUGUUAAGGAAUUCAAAAAACGCCAUAACGAACCUUCAAAAAAAUAUAUGAAACGAUUGACAUCUGAGUUUUGCAUCUCCUCUUCCCUUCACCACAUUAAUGUAAUUGACACAAUAGAUUUGCUUCAGGAUACCCAGGGAAACUAUUGUGAAGUUAUGGAAUAUUGUGCUGGUGGAGAUUUAUAUUCUUUGAUUGUUUCUUCAGGUGGCUUGGAUGAAAAUGAAGCUGACUGUUUCUUUGGGCAAUUGAUUAAUGGUGUCAAAUACUUGCAUGAGUGUGGUGUUGCUCAUCGGGAUCUCAAACCUGAAAAUCUUCUUCUCACCUCAACCGGAUGUCUCAAGAUCACGGAUUUCGGAAAUGGUGAAUGUUUCAAGAUGGCAUGGGAAAAACAUGCUCAUUUAUCACGCGGAGUUUGCGGUAGUGAACCUUACAUUGCUCCCGAAGCGUUUACUGGUAAUUGGUUUGACCCAAGGCCUGUUGAUGUUUGGGCUUGUGGAAUCAUUUACAUGGGGAUGAUCACUGGUAGACAUCUUUGGCGCAUCGCCAAAGCACAUGAAGAUUUGACCUUCAAGGUCUACCUAGAGUCAAGGGCACAUGAAGAGUGUUUAUUAGCACCUUUCCGAAGUUUAACUGAGAAUCGACGUCGUAUAAUGACCAAAAUAAUAGAACCAGAUCCUAACCUCCGUAUUACUGCCGAGCAAAUUACAGAGGAUCCCUGGUUCUCGUGUCUUGAUAUUUGCUAUAAGCCAUGGUCUGCAAAUACUCACUUACCUACAAAUACAACGUGUGGUGUGAAUGCUACUAACAGGCAACCAACAAACAUGAACAAAUUAACUAUCAUAAACAUG